AAUUAGGGCUUAUUCGAUUAAUGAAUCCAAUGAUAAAGUUUCAAAAAGCGACCAAGACAAAGGAUAUUAAAAAUUAAUAUGAAAAGCGACAAGGAAUAAAAUUGGACAGAAGAAAUUAAGGUUAAGGGCACUUCCGUCAUUUUCAUAUUAUUUGUGGCAUUCCCAAUUUCCCACUUUGUGGCUCCAAAGAGUUUUUUUUUUGGGGCAAUGGCGUCGUCGCUGCAAAGCUCGGGGAUGUUGACGAAAGAGCAAAUGGUUUAUCUCUUUGAUCGAUUCGAUUACUUGACUUCACAAUCUGAUGUGAAGAAACGAAUCUCCGACGCUGUGGAUGACAAACAGGAAGCUGUAGCGGUAACAACUGCUAUUCAAGAGGAGAUAUUCUUGGAGAUGGGGAUUGACCCGGGAUUUGGUAUUGGCUGCUUGGGAAAGCUGAACUCUGCAUACGAAAACGAUAAAGAGUUGAUGAUUGGUUUCUACAAGUUUCUCGCAAAGGAGGAGAUGGCAUGUGAAGAAGCUGAGCUUGGACAAGAUGGAUUUGAACAGAAAAUGAAAGCACUACAACAAUUACAAGAACAGCAACUAGAGAUGCUUAAGUAUAUGCGUAAAUUCUCUCUGGAUGAUCAAUCUGCUAUCCUUCAAAAGCUUCAGAAGCAAUUAGAAAAUGCGGGUUUUGAGCCGGAGGCGUCUCUUUUGUCAGGAGAGGAAAUGGAGGAAGCUGGAAGAAGAAGAGUUUCACCUGUUUUUGGAAGCAGAUAGCUUUUCAGUUCUCACAAGCUACUUCAAUUUCUAAUACUCAAGUCGCUCUCUCUAUUCUCAUGUCAUCUCCAUAUACUUAACUCUUUAAACGUAAAUGUACAAGAAAAAAACCUUGCCUCAUUUGACUCUCAACUGCAUUUUCAUGUGAAGCCAUUUUUUUUUAAUGUAUAUUGGUAGUAAACUAUAUAGUU